AUGAAAGCAUACAACGUAGCUUGCAAGACUGGGCGCUUGAAACGGCUGCGGGAAGAGGAAGCGUUCAGGACAUCAGACAGCAAGAAGCACAACACCUGCUGCCGGCGGGGUCGACCAUCAUACGCUUUGCGCACCGCCAAUCCUGCUCUAGCCCAAAAGAUGGAGGCCCUCUACAUCGCGCAGUUCAAGGCCCGGGGGCCGGGCGGCUACAAUGUGCUGCGCGGGCCGCCUUCCGCCAGCCCGGUCUUCUACGCGAUGAGCCGGCAACGCGCCGGCAGCGCCCACACGCCCACCGCCGUGACAGUCCAAGACGAUGACGCCCCAGCCACGCUCGCCUAG